AUUAAUUUGGUUUUGAUCCGGGAGUGGAGCGAAGCGUCAGGCUCACGGUAGGUUUGGUUACUUCGCCUGUGAGGCUUAUUACUUCGUUAUUUUAAGACUGGUAGACCAGGUAGACCCAGCGCCAUAGGUUGCUUCACCUUAAACAUUUGUCCUCCUCGACCACUCUGAAAAUUUGUUCGGGACGACCAGCGUUGUAAUCCGGCAAUAGUUGCCACGGGCCUUUCCAAACCUAACUCCAUGAACGCAGUGGUGGCAGUCCACGUCGGUGCCGGCUACCACUCGCCAGAAAAACUGACCGUCUACAAGCGACUCUGCCAUUUGGCCUGCAGGAAGGCGGUCGCAAUGCUCGAACGCCCGGACUGUACCGCGCUCGAAGCCGUGUCCAGCGCGGUCGUCGUCCUCGAAAACGACCCGGCGACCAAUGCUGGCUAUGGCUCCAAUCUUACCAUGUGCGGCAACGUCGAGUGCGACGCCUCGGUGAUGGAUGGCAAGUCCCUCAAGUUCGGCGCGGUAGGCGCCCUCCCGCGCGUUGAAAACCCGGUGCUGGUCGCCAAGGCGCUCUGCGAAGCGCAGGCCCGGGGUCCCCUGUCCUUGGGCAGGAUCCCGCCGUGCUUCCUCGUAGGCGAGGGCGCGUUUCGUUGGGCGCAAACUCAUCUGCAGGUCGGCACAGGGUCGCAGCUCGUCACCGAACAGGCCAGGCGCUGCCACACGAAACACAAAAAGAGAAUGCGUCUAUCAGAGAACUGUCUGCUGCCAAAAGCUUCCGGAGGAAGUUCCUCAUCGUUGAACCAGGACAGAGGGACUGUAGUACAAUGCCACUCCGAAAACUUCUGCAAAGGUUGUGAUCAGGACCUAGUCAACCGUGUGGCGUCGAGCCUCCGUGCCAAAGGGUUGGACGCCCCCUGUGGUCUCGAAGGCAAGGAUGAUGACUGUUCUGAACACAGUGGAUGCCUCCUGGACACGGUGGGAGCCGUCUGCUUGGACAAGUCCGGAAAUGUCGCUGCCGCGGUGUCCAGUGGGGGUAUUUGGAUGAAGCACAGCGGACGGGUCGGACAGGCUGGCGUCUACGGCUGCGGCUGUUGGGCCGAGAACUCUGCCGAUGGCAGUGCAGUCGCCGUAUCCACAUCGGGUGGAGGCGAGCACCUCAUCAAGACAAUGCUGGCACGGCGAUGUGCAGACGCUCUCUUGUCCGCAGAAGACGGGGCCACGGCCUUGCAUGGAUGCUUCAGGGCUGGGUUCCUGGACUCUCCGUUCCUGCAGGAUGUCAGUGAGAAGCUGGGAGGAGUCCUGACACUGAAAGCAGAUGCAGAGAGUGCGGUCUGCGACGUGCUAUGGGCCCACACAACCAGGACGCUGUGCUACGGUUACAUGCAGACUGGUGGGACGUCGCCCAAGUUUGGCUGCUCGAGGCUCCAGGCAGGGGAAACUGUUGGGAAGAGUGUGGUCGUUGGUGGGACUCCGCUCAGGCUGUGUUCUCCAUUUGAAAGGGACUGCUUGUGAUGUGGCGAUAUUGUGAGGAAAUAAACAACUGCAGAGA